AUGACAUUGGAAAUUCGCCUUAAGCUAUAUGAUGACGCCAGUUACUUGACCUCUGUAAAGUAUAAUUGGUCGAAAUGUGAUAUUGCUAAAGUUGUAUAUUUGGGGCAACAGACGGACUGGUUCUACUCGGGUGUAUUUGAUAAUUCUGUAGAUACACAAAGUCAGGAAUCAUUGAAUAAGAUCUUGAAUAUUGUUGAUAACUCUGUGCCAACUAUUAAGCUAAAAACUACGAAGGAAGGAAUUCCAAUUAAGAAAGCGCCAUGGGAAUGCUCUAGACUUCAGCAUUCUAGGAAAGCAAAGGAUAAAGCUUGGCACUGUUUUGAUACGUCCCCCACACAUUACAAUCUUAUGUCUGCUAUUAUUGAGGCUCAAGAUCAAUAUAAGACUAUAGAACGGGAAAGUAAGGAAAGUUGUGAGAUAAAAUUGGCUAAAGGAAUAAAGUACAAUUCUAAGCAGUUCUAUGCAUACUUACGUAGUAAGAAAAAGUCCAAUCCCACUGUAUCUAAGUUGAAAAAGCCUAAUGGAGAAUUUACAACUAGUGUAAAGGAGUCUGCUGAUUUGCUUGUCAAAUCUUUUGCAACUGUUUUUACAAACGAGACUUCACUCACUCGCGAUUGUAACAUGGAUAUUAUCGCUGUUAAACAAAUUGAUCCACUAAUAAUUAGUGACUAUGAUGUGAAAAAUGAGCUGCUGGCUCUAGAUGUCUCAUAGUGUGCUGGGCCAGAUGGAGUUCAUCCAAAAAUUGUUAGAAUUUUAGCGGGAAAUGAUAAUUUUGCGAGUGCCGUAACAGUUUUAUAUAGAUCUAUUUCAGACGUCAGACAAUUCUCAGAAGCUUGGAAGAGAGCAAUUAUAAUUGCAUUACAUAAAAUGGGGGCAUUUAGUGAUGCUGGAAAUGAUCGACCAAUUUCUCUAACUUGCAUCCUAUGUAAAGUGUAUGAAAAGCUUUUGUUUAAACAUCUGUACAGUCAUGUUAAGGGAUUUAUUAGUCGGAAUCAGCAUGGGUUUAUGGAAGGAAAGUCUUGUCUCUCUAACUUGUUGGAAUCACUACAAUAUAUUAUCACUUUUUGGAUAGUGAAGAUCCUGUUGAUCUUAUAUAUUUGGAUUUUCAAAAAGCUUUUGAUAAGGUUGCACACGAAAGAUUGUUGUUAAAGUUAGAAAGUUACGGAAUUACUGGGCAGGUUCAUGACAUUAUAAGGAACUUCCUGACAGGUAGAUCAAUGACAGUACGUGUGGGAGAUCAUAUUUCAUCAUGGGAGCCUGUUACUUCUGGAGUCCCCCAAGGGUCUGUUUUGGGACCCUUGUUAUUUAUAUUAUUUAUUAAUGAUAUGCCACAAGUUACUAAAUUUAAUACUUUGCUUUUCGCUGAUGAUUCCAAAGUUAUUGGUAAUGCAAAUUAUCCGGAAGAUAUUCAAACAGACAUUGACUGUCUCAGUAGGUGGUCAGAAAUAUGGCAGAUGAAAUUUAAUGUGGAAAAGUGUGGUGUACUUCACAUCGGAGAGAGCAAUCCGCAACAUGGCUAUACUAAGAAUGCGAUUGAGCUGAACAAACCUUAA